AUGCCCAGCGGGAAAGUUUGGAUAUCUCCUCAGCUAGUGUCCACCUCGGGUAAGAUUCCCACCUCAGCAAAUGAAUUCAAUUCAGAGCUUGUGAUCGCGAGCCAGCUGGUGGGUGAUAUCAGUGCAAGUCCCUUGACAGUCACCAAAGUUUGCUUGUAUGGCCAUGCUGUAAGCGCAAGGCAUGUUUGUGAAGCAAAGGUUGGCUUCCAGCCGGAAUACUGUAAAUCUCAGCUGGUCGAGCUAUUCAGCUGGUCGAGCCAUUCAGCUGAAGUGAAAGAUGGGAUUGACACAGCUACCUUGCGAGAAUCAGUCUUCCAGGCAAACAUCCUCGCGCUCGAAGACAGGCCAGCUAGGGUCUAUCCAUGCGCAAACUUGCCCGUGAUUGUGUCAUUAAGAAACAGACUUACUGACAUUGCUGAGCUGGUGAAUUGA